AUGCGCCAUUCAGUAUCAGAUCCCGACGUGGACGAGAAGCUUCUCUCCGAUGAGGAAGCUACUUGGCCUCGUGAACAGAAGAAAAAUGAGAGCCUGUUCAAGAAAUGUGCAAAAUAUUUCCUUUUUGUUGCAGUCGCCGUAUUCUCCUGCUUAGUAGGUGUUGUUCUUGGACGUCAGCAACACAAUCUCGAUAAGGUCUGCACUCGACAACUCACACAAUACUCCCCGGUGAUCCCAGAAGUCGGGAUCGAAUACCACCAAGAACAGUUUAAUGGCUCGUUCUUAAAAGAAAACAUUUAUCGGCAAGAAGCAAGCCCUGAAGUAGAUGCUGCGUGGGAGGCUCUUGGUGUCAACUACAGAAGUCUUAGAGUCCCUGCAGAAGAGGCCCAAAAGUCAGGACUUGCCCCUGACCAGGUGAAGAUCAACGAAAAGUAUGGCGGAGGGUAUCCUGCAAAUGUUGAGGGGUUGCAUCAUCUGCACUGUCUGGUAUGUUAA